UCCUUGACCUUAGAAAUGACGUCACUAGCGCCAUCUGUGAAAUAUAACAAUAACAAGCUUGUGCUAAAAAUAGAGGAUCAUAGUAUCGGGACUCGGGAGUUUCGGGAGAGACCAGACGCGCGGGGGAGGGGAACGGCGGAUGUUGCUAUCUCGUUUGUAUCCGCCACGAGAUGUGAAUGGUUGUUUCGUCAGUCGCUUGAAAGUGCGUUUUGUGUAUUAGAAGUUCGUGUUUUGUUACUCAUAAUCGUGAAAAUGUCGUGGUCCCGCGCCGACAGAUUGCGUUUACGGCGGUGGGUAAUCUUCGCCGCGUCUGUGGCUAUUCUAGCAACGAUCUGGCAAGUGGACACUGCGGUGGAGUCGGCGCGCAACUACACUCGCGUCACACCACGUAACCUCGCGCACAAGCUGGCCGAUUUUAACACGCAACGUGUGUUGCAUCCGCAUAUGGGAGCAUGGCUUCUAGAGUCGGAAGAAAGCAACGCGUCGGCCUGGCGCUACGCGGUGCGUUACGCGUGCGGCGCGCGGUGCUCCGGACGCGCAACGCUGGUAGCUAAGGAUCUACCCAAUGCGCAACACGUCGAGCUGUCUGACCGGCGAUGUACUCACCUGCCACUGCUUUCGUGGCCGACCUAUUGCUAUGAAACGCACACAUCAGCGGAAGUGACGUCCACGGCCGACGGCGCGUUGUACCGCGAGCGCGCGCACGCUCGCUGCUCGGCGUUGCGCGCGUGGUUCGGCGCGUGUUCGGACGAGUUGCGCGGCGAGCGGGAACUGGUGAUGCGGCGCUUAGCGGAGAUGUUGCGCGAUGGUGGCAGUGAUUUAUGAUUGAAUUAGUAAAUGUUUUU